CCUGACUGCCUGGAGAUGCUGGGCCCCCACCCACCCCCCCACGCGCGCGCUGGCCACGCCCCCGCGCGCUGGCCACGCCCCCCGAUGCGGCGGGCGAGGGGCGGGGCGGGGCGCGGUGUAUAUAAGGCGAGGGGCGGGCGCCGCUCUUUUGUCUCUUGCUGCAGCGAGGCGAGUGGGAGCACCUGGAGCGCGAGCUCGGAACGAGACUCCACGGGUUGUAAGAAAAUGGCAGACAAGCCGGACAUGGGGGAAAUCGCCAGCUUCGAUAAGGCCAAGCUGAAGAAAACCGAGACGCAGGAAAAGAACACCCUGCCGACCAAAGAGACCAUUGAACAGGAAAAGAGGAGUGAAAUUUCCUAAAAGCCUAGACUGGAGGAUUUCUCCACCCCACCCCACCCCGCCAUCUCCGAGACCCCCUUCGUGAUGUGGAGGAAGAGCCACCUGCAAGAUGGACGCGAGCCACAAGCUGCACUGUGAACCCGGGCAUUCCGCGCUGAUGCCACCGGCCCGCGGGUCUCUUAAGGGGGACCCUCCCCCCACUAAUCGGACUGCCAAAUUUCACCGGUUUGCCCUGGGAUAUUAUAGAAAAUUAUUUGUAUGAUUGAUGAAAAUAAAACACACCUCGUGGCAUGGC